AGCAUUUGCCUUCUGCUGCGACGCUUGCCAGUACGCUGCUCUCUGCUUCCUCUUAUCUUCUCAUCGUGCUUCUUCUUCUUCUUCCUCCUUCUCUAGGUUUCAUCUCUCUCUAACUGCGCAUGGAGCCAGACGAAGAGGGAGAAUGGGUGUGGGUCAGACCACCGAUUGAGGCGGACUCAGAGUUUUGGGGCAGUAGUGACAACGAGGACGACGAACCGUCGGGGCCUUUGAAGGUGGUCUUCACAGAGCCUGCAAAGCAUUGGACUGAUGCUGCUCCUAUCGGCAACGGACGUCUUGGCGCCAUGGUUUGGGGAAAUGUACCCAAUGAGAUUCUUCAGCUCAAUCAUGAUACUCUGUGGACUGGUGUGCCGGGUGAUUACACGAAUCCUGAUGCACCUAGUGUGCUUUCUAAUGUCAGGAAGCUUGUCGAUGAGGGGCAUUACGCUGAAGCCACCGCAGCUGCUUUUGGAUUGUCAGAUCAUCCACCCGAGGCUUACCAACCUCUUGGAAAUAUCAACCUUGAAUUUGAUGAUUCUCAUUUGAACUAUACUUCUUAUGUGAGAGAACUUGAUUUGUCAACUGCAACUGUGAAAGUCAAGUAUAAUUUAGGGGAUGUAGAAUUCACAAGAGAGCAUUUCUCCUCAAAUCCACAUCAGGUGGUUGUGACAAAGAUCUCCUCUACCAAAGCAGCUUCCAUCUCAUUUAUCGUAUAUUUAGACAGUAAAUUGCACCAUCAAUCAGUUGCUAAUUCUGCAAACCAGAUAGUCAUGGAAGGUAACUGCCCUGUAAAAAGAAGGCCGCCAAAGAUUAAAUUGUCCGAAAAUUCCAAUGGAGUUCGAUUCGCCGCAGUUCUUGAUGUUCAGAUAGGUGGCAGUAAUGCCAUGGUGCAGGUUAUGGAAGAUAGGAAGCUAAAAAUCGAUGGUGCGGAUUGGGCAAUUUUGAUUCUAGCUGCAUCAUCAUCAUUUGAAGGACCAUUCAUAAAUCCAUCAGAAUCCAAGAUAGAUCCAAGAUCUGAAUCAAUAAAAACUGCAAAUUCAAUUACAAAUUUGUCCUUCUCUCAGUUAUUGGCAUAUCAUUUGGAUGAUUACUUAAAUCUUUUUCAUCGGGUUUCGCUGCAGUUGUCUAAUGCUUCUGAUAACAUAAAAAAAACGAAACUAAAAUUGUUGAAAGAUGAUGCUCUUCUAUCAACUGCAGAAAGAGUGAAAUCUUUUAAAAUUGAUGAGGAUCCUUCCUUGGUAGAACUGCUGUUUCAUUAUGGGCGUUAUUUGCUUAUAUCUAGCUCAAGGCCUGGAACCCAGGUUUCUAAUUUGCAAGGGAUAUGGAACAAAGAACUUGAACCUCCAUGGGAUGCUGCUCCUCAUUUUAAUAUAAAUUUGCAAAUGAACUACUGGCCAUCUCUUUCCUGCAAUCUUAGUGAAUGCCAACAACCACUGUUUGACUUCAUAGCAUCUCUUGCAAUCAAUGGUGCUAAAACAGCAAAAGUUAAUUACGAGACAAGCGGUUGGGUUGCUCAUCAAGUCUCUGAUAUAUGGGCCAAAACUUCACCUGAUUUAGGUGAUCCGGUUUGGGCAGUUUGGCCAAUGGGUGGGGCAUGGCUUUGCACUCAUCUUUGGGAGCAUUAUACUUUUUCUUUGGAUAAGGAGUUUUUGGAGAACACAGCCUACCCUCUUUUGGAAGGAUGUGCUGCUUUUCUUUUGGAUUGGCUGAUCAAAGGCUCUGAUGGCUAUCUGGAAACCAAUCCCUCAACUUCUCCAGAGCAUAGAUUUGUUGCUCCUGAUGGGAAGACUGCAUCUGUCAGCUAUUCAUCAACUAUGGACAUAUCAAUAAUUAGAGAGGUCUUUAAUGCAGUUUUAUCUUCUGCUGAGAUUUUGGGCAAAUCUGAUGUUGAUUUAGUUAAGAGAAUCAAGACUGCCCUUCCAAAGCUUCCUCCGACAAGAAUCUCAAGAGAUGGCUCCAUCAUGGAAUGGGCACAAGAUUUUGAAGAUCCAGAAGUUCAUCAUCGGCAUGUUUCACACUUGUUUGGUCUUUUUCCUGGCCAUACAAUUACAGUUGAAAAAACACCAGAUUUAUCUAAAGCUGCUGCCAACUCCUUGUACAAAAGAGGGGAUAUCGGACCAGGAUGGUCAACCACAUGGAAGAUGGCGUUGUGGUCGCAUCUUCGUGAUAGCUCACAUGCGUACGUGUUGAUCAAACAAAUGAUUAACUUGGUCGACCCGGACCAUGAAGCUGACUUUGAAGGCGGCCUGUACAGUAACUUGUUCACGGCUCAUCCUCCAUUUCAGAUUGAUGCCAACUUUGGAUUCUCAGCUGCAAUCGCCGAAAUGCUCGUGCAGAGCACACAGGAGGAUCUCUACAUACUACCCGCUCUCCCUCGUGAUAAAUGGCCGAGGGGUUUCGUUCGAGGCGUAAAAGCUCGAGGCGGAGUUACCUUAAACAUUUCAUGGAAGGAAGGGCAGCUUCAUAGAGCCAGCUUAUGCUCAAAGGCUCAGAGUUCACUCACAAGAUUGCAUUAUAAUGGCAAAGUUGCUGCAGUGAGAUUUUCUUGUAGAAAAAUUUAUAUUUUCAACCAGCACCUGAAAUGCCUGAAGACAACUUCAAUAAUUGAAGGGACAUUUCUAUGAUUUUGAAGAGUUGAGGGCUGUUAUUGCUCUUAUUCAGGUCAGGAUCUCUACCCUCCCUCAUCAUUCAUUUGUCAGGUUUAUUGUUAUUUAUUUGGCAGAUUUGGAAUUUUUCAUUUUCAU